AUAAAAGCUAGUAUCACUGUAUUAUAUAGGAGAAACUUGCCUCUCAUAGUACAGUUGGUACUCUUAUUUGCCAUGUAAUAUGUAUGUAAAACUAAGGUUAAGAGAUUAAGAUCAUUAUUUGGACUCAGGACCCCCAUUCAGGGCCUGUACUCUUUUAAUACUUAAACCAUCAAAGAAAUAAGCAUGUUCAGCCAGAAAAAAGUCGUUUUACCAUUUGCAAAUACACAUUAGUGUUGCCUCCUCUUUAGUGUUUUCAGGUUUCAACAAACGAAUGGUACACAGGCAGGCACAAAGGACCUCAGUCUCUUAAAUCUGAAUACAGUACCUGUUGCUCAUUAGUAAUUUAACAUUUUACAUUAAAAAAAAUUGCUUUAAGUUCAAGGCUAGCCUGGCCAACAUAGCAAAACCCAGUCUCAAAACAAAUAAUAGGGGCUGGGGAUUUAGCUCAGCGGCAUAAGCACCUGCCUUGUAAGCAGGCAGUCGUGAGUUUGAUCCCUGGUACCAAUAAAAAAGAAAAAGACAAAAAUAAUAAUAAUUAAAAACAGAAUUUUUGUUUAACUUCGAGUUGGCACAAUGGUUAGACUCAACUGUCUUUGUUGAUUGGGACUUUUUUAGUCUAUAGAAUGUGAGGCAAUUCCUUAUAGUAAAUCAGUUUUAAUAUCCUCACCCCCACCACCACUAGUUAGUUCAGACUGACAAAUACAGAUCCAGAAAACUCAGACAAAUAAUAGUCCCUGAGGUUUGAAGAGUUACUAGGACUCAAAAGGACUAGUGUUUUCUUGUACUCAUAUAGGGCAUCAACAGAAGGAAAAGGUGGAUUGGGCAAAGUCGAGGAAUCAGGCCCAAUCUUCCAAGUUCUUCUCUCAGUGGAACUGUACGGUGUGUACUGUAUCCCCUCAGCAGUGAACUGUAACAAUACUUGUGAAAUGCCAAGUAUUGCCAAAGCGGGGCUAGUCACAUAAGCACUUCCUGACUUUCACUUCAACUCUGGGGAAAAAGGCAGGGGUUCUGUACAAAGUAAAGGAUUUGCACACAUUUAGGCACAGUGACCCACUCAUCAUCUAGGGAAGGAUGGGGGAUCCUCCUGAGCUAUGAACUGCCAACGAGAGGCCAAUCUUGUAACCAGGGGUUUCAAAGGAUAGGAGUCUUGAUUAGCUAUGUUAAUUUCUGCGCAAGGACUGAAUGAAAAAAAGCCAAAAAAAAAAAAAAAAAAAAAAAAGGUCUUUGGGUCAGGUGUUGAGCUCAGCAGCACAAGCACCUGCUUGGCAAGCAUGAAGUCAUGAGUUUGAUCCCCGUUAAAAAAAAUCUGAGACAUUUGUAAUUAAGUCUCAAAAAUUAUUCAUUUGACUUUGCUGAGGCUAAAUAGUGGUGACUUAGGAAAUCAUAACUAUAUUAUCAAAUAGCUUUAGGGCCCAGAGUUAGAAGGUGAGAGACUGAGGGAAUUAUGUGUAAAGGCCCAAUAAGCUUAUUAAUUCAAUUGGGUCCAGAUGCUGAAAUGUUAACUAGUAUUCCCAAAAUGGUUUAAAAAUUUUUUGCUCUUGCUAUUACGGCCCAUCUCAUUAACAAUUUUUAAUGAAUGUACCAACAGAACUAUAAAUAUGGAGUUAUCUUACAAUGUAUUGUUAUCCUUGAAACCUUGCAAAAUAGAAUUAGCCAUAUUUUAGUUUCAGAAACAGACUCAGACAAGGUAGUUUGACAAGGGUCUCCAAGCUUUAAAAAUUGCACAAUUCUAACCAGAUCUGCAUUUUUCCACUACACCUUGAGGUUCCCUGUUUAAUUAUUUGGAAGAUAGUAUUUGAAGAGACUCAGCUUUAAAGAUUUUGCAGCCCUCUUAAACCUUGCAUGCUUUUCUGUUCUACCACUUUGCAAAUGUAGCCCCAGUUCUGGGCAUCAAAUCUAUCAGUAUAUAAAACCUACCCUCAUGUCAUGUUUUUGUUUGUUCAUUUAUGUUUUUUGUUGUUUUGAGAUAGGAUCUUGCUAUGUAGUUCAGGCUGGCCUUGAAUUCACUUUGUAGCAACCAAGCCUGGACUUGUACUUAGCAUGAUACUCUCUCAGCCUCCUUAGAUCUAGGGUUACAGGUAUGCACACCACAUCCAGCUUUACAUUAUGAUUAGACAGCCCUACUUUUAGAAAGAGUAACAAGCCAGGGGCUAGGCCUAGGCCACAUAGCAAGACCCUAACUCAAAAAACAACAGUAAGUGUGCCACCAAAAAGUUACAAAAAUCCCAUAGAUGUUUAAUUUUAAAAUGUGUAAUCAGAGCUGGGGAUUUAGCUCAGCAGCAUAAGUGUCUGCCUGGCAAGCACAAGGUCAUGAGUGAUCCUUGGUAUCAAAAAAAAAAAAAUGUAAUUAACAAAGGGCUAUCUGAGAAGGUAUGACAGUGCACAUCUGUAAUCCCAGCACUCCAGAGGCACAGGCAGGCAGACCAGAGUUCAAGUCCUCCCUGGGCUACAUGGUAAGUUUCAGGCCAACUCUAGCUGCGUAGCUAGACCCUGUCUCAAAAACUCAAAAGCCAAAAACUGCCAGUGUGGUGGCUCAUGCCUGUAAUCCCAGCACUCAGGAGGCUGAGGCAGGAGGAUUGUUGCAAGUUUGAGGCUAGCCUGGACUACAAAGUGAGCUUAAAGGGGCUGGGGAUUUAACUGAGUGGCAUAAACACCUGCCUUGCAAGACUGAGGUUGUGAGUUUGAUUCCCUGGUACUGAUUGAAAAAAAAAGCCAAAAACCUCAAAAGAGCUGUCUAGAAAACAUUUCUUUCUUCCUCUGAGUUUUGCCCUUCUGUUGAAUGUUUGAUUUCUAACACCAGCACUACUUCUCUUGCUUACCUUUACAGACCAUCCUCCUAAAUGAUUAAACUGUCCUUCUGCAAGCACUUUAAUAAAAAAAAUUGAUUAAAGAUUACAGAAUUUGGCUUUAAGAGGCUGAAACACCCCUUGAUUUUAAAAGGGAACAUUCAUAAACGUGAAGAUUUUCCAGAUAAAAUAAGAAAAACACUUUGACCUAAAAUACACUUUGGUUUAAGAUCUGGAAUGUCGGUAUGGGGAGAUGAAAGACAAUUUCAUGUUGACUUUAUGUUCAUUUAUUUUUUUGGUAUGUGGAGGGUGAGGCAGAAGGAGGAAAUGAGAAUAGAAAAGUUGAAUUAUCCCGGUAAUUGUCUGAGUCUCAAACUUAAGUCAUUUCCAAAAACCAUUAAGAAAAAGUUUUAUCAAGAAUUACUGAUAAAUAUAUACAACUCUUGUGGGAGGUGUUUGACAUGAAGGUAAGCAGGUAUGAAUAAAGCAAAGAAGCUUCACAUUAGUAAACACAAUCUUCAAUGAAAAAAGCACACAAGUUUAGAGAAAAUUGCCGCCUGUGUGUGCCUAUCAUAGUGAAUCAAACCUAGGGCGGAACACAGGCAAGCCACGUGUCUACCACUGAGCUAUGCUCCAUUACUUGUGGGGCUUCGGAAAAGUGCAACUGUUUUACAAAUAAGCAAGCCUUAAGAGUAUCCUGAGGAACUUGAGAUACGUGUAUUGGAAUUCUGGUCCCAUCCCCCCAGUCUUGAUCACACACACAGAAAGGAUUUUCCUCAUGGCUUACUUAACAAUUACUUUUGACCCUAUGGUUUAAAAAAAAAAAAAAAAAAGUACCUUUUUAGGAAGAGUGGUGGGGGCGGGCCUGAAAUGUUCUCGAGUUUCAGCCUUUCCUCUUUCCCUCGGGAAGUAAAGUCCGCAGCGGGAGGGCCUAACCUAACUAGCUCAGCCCGCGGCUCUACAGUGCUCACUUGUUUUCACAGGGCAGCAGAACGAAAUGCCUUAGAAAAAGAAUAACAUUCUAACAAAUAAUAUCACUUAUUUUUGCUUUUAAAUUGCCCUGACUGUACCUGAGGAUCCUUUGCUGAAAACCACAUCAAAGGGAUCUUCUGUGUGAUUAGAACACAAAACAUCAUGCCAAAGACAGCAGGGAAGACCCAACCUUAUAAUCAAGCUCCAGAUGGAGGAUGGGGAUGGAUGAUUGUGUUUCACUUUUUCCUGGUAAAUGUGUUUGUGAUGGGGAUGACCAAGACUUUUGCCAUUUUUUUUGUGGUAUUUCAAGAAGAGUUUGGAGGUACCUCUGAGCAAAUUGGUUGGAUUGGAUCCAUCAUGUCAUCGCUUCGUUUUUCUGCAGGUCCCCUGGCUGCUGUUAUUUGUGAAAUGCUUGGAGAGAAAGCUACCUCCAUUCUUGGGACAUUACUUGUUGCAGGGGGCUAUCUGAUCAGCAGCUGGGCCACAAGCAUUCCCUUUCUUUGUGUGACUAUGGGACUUUUACCUGGUUUGGGUUCUGCGUUCUUAUACCAAGUAGCUGCUGUGGUAACUACCAAAUACUUCAAAAAACGAUUGGCUCUUGCAACUGCUAUUGCCCGUACUGGGAUGGGACUGACAUUUCUAUUGGCCCCAUUUACAAAAUUCCUGAUAGAUGUUUAUGACUGGACAGGUGCCCUUAUACUAUUUGGAGCUAUUGCAUUGAAUUUGGUGCCUUCCAGUAUGCUCUUAAGACCUAUCCAUGUCAAAAAUGAGAACAAUUUUGAUAUUAAAGUUAGCAGUUUGUCUGCAAGUGGCCCAGAGGCACUGUGUGGGACAGAAACAUCAUCCUGUAAUGAGACACAAGAGUUUUUCAUCAAGGAUGGUAUUAUGCAGAAAGCUGGACAACCUGAUAAAACUUUUACAGUUUCACAAAAUCAAAGUGAAGAGUUCAACAAUGGGCCUCACAGGAACAGACUGUUAUUGAGUAAUGAAGAAAAUUGUAAGCAAAAGGCUAUUUCAUGGAGCUGCAAACAAAAACUCUUUGACCUUUCUCUCUUAAGGAAUCCUUUCUUCUGGAUAUUUACCUGGUCUUUUCUCCUAAGUCAGUUGGCGUAUUUCAUUCCUACUUUUCACCUCGUUGCCAGAGCCAAAACACUGCGUAUUGACAUCAUGGAUGCCUCCUACCUUGUUUCUGUGGCUGGUAUCGUUGAGACAGUCAGUCAGCUUAUUUCUGGAUGGGUUGCUGAUCAAAACUGGAUCAGGAAGCAUCAGUACCACAAGUCUUACCUCAUCUUCUGUGGCAUCACUAACUUGCUUGCUCCCUUAGCUACUACAUUUUCACUACUUAUGACCUAUACCAUCUUCUUUGCUGUUUUUGCUGGUGGUUACCUGGCAUUGAUACUUCCUGUACUGGUAGAUCUGUCUAAGAAUUGUGGAGUACACAGGUUUUUGGGACUUGCUGGUUUCUUUGCUGGGAUGGCUGUGCUUUCUGGACCUCCUAUAGCAGGUUGGUUAUAUGAUUAUACAGAGACAUACACUGGUUCUUUCUACUUCUCUGGAACAUGCUAUCUCCUUUCUUCGCUUUCCUUUUUCUUUGUACCACUGGUUGAGAGAUGGCAAAGAGAAGUUUCCAGAAGGAAAGAGGACUACAAUCAAGUGAAAGUUUAACAAAAGAACAUCUAAAUUAUUAAGUUUUCAGAAACAGAAGAUUAGAAGAUUCCUUGUUUAUAAAAUGAGAAGGUAAACCAGAUAGUUUUUAUGUUUUUCCUUGUUUUAGCAUUCUGAGGAAUAUCCAUCCUACAGUAAUGGCAAAUUAAUUAAAACAACUACCUUCGAUAUUAAAUAAAAAGCAAAGUAUACUAUAAUAAAUUAGUCCAAACUGAA